GCCACCGAGUGACACGUGACCUAUUCAUUAGUUCUGCUAUGUAACCAGCAAUGUUCGUGGUUGGUCGAUCUUUAGGUCCGUGCUUGGCCCCAUUUUUUCCUCGAUUUGUCACACGAUACACGGUGCGGCUGAGGCGCUUUGCUUCGAAACAAUCUAGCGUGACUGUGAGCGAGAGCACACCUCACCAGGAUUGUUCAAAUGUUUUACUGCAUGUUCAUGACCCCCCUUUAGAGGGGCAAUGGGCGGAAAAUCCUGAAUUGGAAUAUGCAAACAUCACUUCGAGGCCUGUUUCUUUUGAUUUCGUCCAGCCCAACGAAUUCUUUCAGCUGAAUGAAAUUCGCCAACUUUUGAAGCAAGAAAACGUUCGUGAUCUUAUCUUCAUCAAACUUCCACCAAACCACAUUUGCACAUAUAUGGUCAUUGGCAGUGGUAUGUCACGCAAUCACGUACGGGCGACUGCGUCGGUCGUCUAUAGGAUUCUUAAGUACAAGAGACGAACCAGCUCACUGGGACUGCCUCGUCUGAAUGGUCUAGACGGUUCUUGUGAAUGGAUCGCAAUGAAUCUUGGGAAUAUCCUGCUUCAUCUUUUUCUACCACCGGUGCGUGAAUACUACGAUUUAGAGGGAUUGUGGGCCGCCGGUCCGGAAUACGACGAAUAUUCUCGAGUCGUGAAUGUGCGACGUGGAGACAUUCCGUGCCACUUGCAACAGGUUGACUGGGACCAGUUGAUUCAGGAAGUUCAACAACGGAACUAUGACACGGUCAACUCGUCCACUGAUAGUAGACUGCAUUAAUGUUAUUAUUUCACCUCCAUGAAAGUGUACAUUGACUCGAAUACCUCAAUGCGCCAUUUCCACUUAAUGUUUAAAACAGACUACGCGGUCUUGAAACACACGGUUCCUUCAAAGCUAGUUUAUUACUUGUUUAGGGAGAUUCGGUCGGACAACCUCCUUGUUCCCGUGAAAGCGCACCAUGCCAAUUUUGCCCUAUGGAUAGUUAUCAGCUCGAACUCACGAGCAGCCUUUCAUUAGGCAGCGAUUUAAGUCACCAAAACACGAGUGGCAGCAGCGGGCCACUAUGGCUGAGUACCCUGCACGUUGUUUCCGUGCGAGAAAAAAUGCCUGGCCUCUUGAGCUACAGCUUCUCUCGCUUGCUGAAUGGUCAUCUUAGGCACACUGUCUUCUUGACAUACCAGAAAUCAAUAUCGUGAUGGAUCUUCUACCACUUGGUUCAGCAUCCGUCGAGAGUGACAGCACAAUCCAUACGUCUAGCGAUACUGAUUCGGCACUUUGAGGUAUGGAGUCGUUUUUGCCAUCUGUAUGAAUACAAUCUACUCGAACGGAACCCAGUGAACAGCUAGCGGUUGGAAUUUGCAUUCCCGUUAAAAAUUGUUAAGUACCAUCUGCGAGCAGUUGUUUCUGUAUAUGAUGUACCAAUCCAACAAUUCUG